AUGACGACAAAGCGACCUGUUCUCUCGUUGCAAACGUUGUUGCACGACCAACAGCAGCAGCAGCAGACACCCCAACGACUACGGAGCACGUCAGCCUCGAACGAUGCACGUCCCACGGCCUUUAGACCGCAAGCACAUCAACUCGAUCAAUCCAUUUUGGAAUCCCCGAUCCAAUUCGUCGCUUCACCCAGGGCCUUGUCUCCCGUUCAAGCCGACUUUCAUUUCCCCUUUCAUCCUUCGUCGACCUCGUUGUCGAGACCGGCUUCACGCCAAGGAUCACCGCGUCCUAAGAGCGCGUCAGCGAGGAGAGAGGGUAACGACACUUCAACGUUCAAGCAGAUCUUUGGUCAACUUGAUCGGAUAGAUCAGCUCCAAAAACAGUUGGCGAUACGCCACGCCGAACUCGAAAAGGUUGCGUCUGGCUCCGCUAGUCCGUCAUCUCCGCAACUCCCACCACCGCAGCCAGCACCAGUCGAGCCGUCGCUCAAGUCGUCUUCAGCCACUGCCGCGACCGAGGAAGGCUCGGUCCAGAAAGAGAAGCCGGAUGAUGAGUCGAGCAAGUGUCGCGCCGAUUAUGAUGAGCUCAAAAAGUCAUUGGACGAUCGGAGACCUCGUAUGGACCAAAUGAUGACCAUGGUCAGUUCUUUGACGCGAAGCCCCACAUCGCUCGCGCACCAUGCCUUCCCGGGACUGACGAGCCAUCUUGAACUCCUACAGCUCGAAGAGCUAUCAACCGCACUCAAGACAUUCCACGCCUUACCUACGCCUAUGACAUUCCCGCAAACCUCCUCGGCGCCUAUGUCGCCCGUGUUCCCCCCAUUUGCACCGAGCAAAGACCGGAACGAGGCUGCUCGGAGCAGGACGAUCAUAGAGCCUAGUGCGCGGCUGCCCGAUCGAAGAAGAAGUGUGCAGAGGCAUUUAAGCUAUUCUUAA